AUGCGCUACGACAACUGGGACAUUAUACUCUUUCCAGAAGACUCUAACAUUCCCAUCCAGGAGUACAGAACUGCCUGCUACUUCUCACAAGACGAAGAUGGCCGCGAGCUACCCACGCUGCGAACGUACAUUGGAUCGCUGAGGCCAGACACACCAUUUCGCAUCUCUGUACAUCACUGGGGAGUGCCGAAGCCAUCGCCUCUUAUACAAGAAAUCCAACGAAGGGCUGGCAUGAGGAUCAUCUUCACCAUACAGGUCGUCAUCAAUGACAACAUACUCUAUCAUGGUAGCUUCGAGCUGAACGCCACUUCGCCGCAGGAGAUCGCAUAUGAGCAGCGAUCGUUCAAAUCCUUCAAGUACGAUGAGCAACCGACCAGCCAAAUAAAACCGCGCUUGAGGUUUCCGUGUAGCGACAAACAGGCUCUUCUGCAGAGUUCAGCAUGGCAGCCACGUGGAACAGACAAUCGCAUCAAGAUCACAUUGUCAGAGCAACUCGUCGCCGAAGAUGAUGCACUAGACGCUAGCUGCUGGGACAUCGCUUGCUUCUCGUUCCAGCAUGCCUCCAGAGAGCUGCUGGAGCAAGCUGGUAUCGCCUACCCAGUCAUUGACCCGUUGCGCUGCCUCGUAGGCGAGCGAGCCACGCUGCUUUCGCAGCAGUUUUCGCAGAACAAACUGGUUCGCGGAUUGCAGCGAGGAUCCCAAAUACACCCUGAACGCUCACCAGAGUCCAAUUACGAACAUAUGAGGCCCUCGAAUCCAGAGCCGCAUCAAAGAUCGACCAUUGGAGUGCCAUCUGUAACAGACUUUCCCAAUGCACCGGGGGUCAAGUCACACCGAGGUGGAGGUCUUCCAGCUGAGUGGAGUGACUCAUAUGGACCGUUCGAUGAUCCCGAGGACGAUGUCAACAUGGUGCCCUGGCCACCACGACGAUAUGCCUCCAACAUGUCAGGUCUGGAGGGAUCAUACGAUCCGUCGUGCUUUCCGUAUGUCGCACCACCUUGGCCUCACAAUGCUGCAUCAUCAGGACAGCGUACAGAUCUGAAUAUGAACAACAACCGAUCGCGAAGAGACAAGAGCGCCCAACAGGUCAUAACGACUUGGCGCGACGAUCAGUUUGGGCAGAUUGUCGAGGCUAUGGCUCCAUCAAAGAAGCACCAAGAUCUACCGUACGGCUUGCCAGCGCAACGCAGUACGCAGGACCGCCCGCCAACUGCCCAGUCUUACCGGCCGCCCAAGAUGGGUGCUCUGUCUGUUCCUGUUCGGCCUUCUUCGGCGGCUGCUUCUCGGAAAACUUCCUACCCCGACUUCAAUGCUGCCCUACGUAACAGUUCGAAAAGACCGUUGUCUGGUCAGGCGAACUUCAUACCCAGCGCGCUACCCAUGAGCAAUCCACAAUUGAUACACCGAGCCAGCAAGGAGAAUCAUGGUACUUCUCACGCGAGACGUCCAAUGCCAAGUCCUUUUGUGCUCGGUGCAAAACGUUGGGACUCUGAUGUGUCCAUGAGAGAUGGUUCCUCCAAUUUCUCAAGCCUCUCCAGGUUCGAACGGAACCCGUUGAAUAUGGGAAGUAAAGUCGGCUCGGCUCAUGCACCCUCAGCCGUAGGCAACGUGAAGAGCCGAAAGGAAGGCCUCGGUGCUGAGAACGGUGACCAUCUAGAUGUUGGAGUCUUGCAUGAUCAGAGCUUACCCCCGACUUUGACCGCCAACUCAACCACCGAAGCGACUACUACCUCGGACAAUCCUGAUAGAACCCCGCGCAACAAACUCAACGAGUCAUUUGCGAAAGAAUCUCGUUGCGCCGAAGUCAUAGAUGUGGACGCAAUCGAUCCAAGCCUAGUCGCCGGAACAGCUGCCGACAUGGCCAGGCUGUCUCCCUUCAAGCCCAGUCAUAAGCCUGGUAUGUCGAGUGUUAGUAGUACAGGACUUCUGGAGCGGCAGCUGUACAGUGCUUUGGGCGAGGAACUGGGUAGCUUUGAGCAGCAGGUGGAUACGAGUAGCAUGGGUCCUGAGCUUGCCCAAGCUCUGUCUGGCACCAUGUCACACAGCGAUCUGCACAGCACCACCCUACCCGAUCUCACUGUGGGCGACUUCGAACCGGUUGCUAAGAGAAAGAGACAAGAUACCUUCGGCUGCGAAAGAGAUGACAGUCCUUCGAAAAAGAAAGAGAAGGCUCGACAGGUGAUGCUCGAAGACGAUGAGGUACCGGCAGAUAGGCCGCGAGUGAGGGGAGAUUGA